AUGGCAGCCGAUUAUCGGCAAGAUAUGCCACCCUCAGGUGGAUAUAGCAAAUUUAAUUGGUCACGAACUUAUCCAAAAGUUCUUUGGAAAGCUGAAAAGCUCCUGGGGGUCGUUAUUUUUUUAUUUGGAUAUGGUCUUUUCCAGGCUCGAGCUCUUAAGCGUGCUAUUCUUACGGAAAGAUUUGAAGAUAAGGAUUUAUACAUUGCGAUGACGCCAUUUCUAUACGCCGAAAGAGAUCGAAGAUGGCUGAAGCUUUUAAAACAAAAUCGCGACUAUGAAGUAAAACUGGCAGAAAUUAGUGAUGAUAAGGCAUGGAGAGUUGGAACUUGGUAUGGCGAACCUGUGUAUUUUACGUUGCAGGAUCGUUGGUGGGAUCCAACACCUCAUGAAGCUUAUGCGCAUUCUCCGAAGAAUAGAUACGAAGAUUUUAAAUUUACUCAUCGUGCAGAUCAUGUUUAA